CUUCCGUUUUCCGCUCGGCUCCCGCCCCGCUCCGCCAUCAUUAAGUCCUGAACAAAAACGGAUGAGAGUCGAGCAAAAUGGGGAUAACACGAACUGUUGAUGAAAUCCGCCGACAGCAUUAUCGUAAUGACAGUGCACAGUGCUGAGCGGAGCGGAGCUGUCCAUUUGAAUGCACCAGCCUCCCACUGAAAGCGUCCCCGGCAGCUCCUGGCGUUGCGUUAUUUAGUUAGCGCUGGUGCUAACAGCAGCCAGAGCUAGCCGCUGAUUUUCUCUGGACGACGACGCUGCUGCUGCUAGGUUAGCUGGCAGGCGUCGGUCUAGCUAGCUGUCACUUAAACUGACUGCCACUUGACUCAUGUCAAGUCGCACACGCCUGCUAGCUGUCCAAUUGACUGGGGGCAUCAGGAUGGAGAGGGGUUUAAGUAAAAGCAUCGACAGGCAGAAUGUGGUUUAUUGGUGUUGAAUAGACACCAGCACCGAGGAAAGAGGAGUGAAGACCACUAUUUUCCAGCCAGGCCGGUUAGCUAGCUUCAGAGCUAGCUACAGUGGAUCCCAAAAGCCACGGCGCUGGCCAUGCCGUCGAGUGUGCGGGCCGGGAGCCUGAAGGACCCGGAGGUGGCUGAGCUCUUCUCGAGGGAGGAUCCCGAGAAGUUCUUCACGGACCUGAGGGAGAUCGGCCAUGGGAGCUUCGGAGCAGUGUACUUUGCCCACGACAUCCGCACAAAUGAGGUGGUGGCCAUCAAGAAGAUGUCCUAUAGUGGCAAACAGUCCAAUGAGAAAUGGCAGGAUAUCAUCAAGGAAGUGAAGUUCCUCCAGAAACUGCGCCACCCCAACACUGUGGAGUACCGUGGCUGCUACCUGAGAGAGCACACAGCCUGGCUGGUGAUGGAGUACUGCUUGGGUUCAGCUUCUGACCUUUUAGAAGUCCACAAGAAACCGCUGCAGGAAGUGGAGAUAGCUGCCAUAACCCAUGGUGCAUUGCAGGGAUUGGUGUAUCUUCACUCUCACAACAUGAUUCACAGGGAUGUGAAGGCCGGAAACAUCUUGUUGACAGAGCCAGGUCAGGUCAAACUGGGAGACUUUGGCUCAGCCUCUAUUGUCGCUCCAGCCAACUCCUUCGUGGGAACACCUUACUGGAUGGCCCCUGAGGUGAUCUUAGCCAUGGAUGAGGGUCAGUACGACGGGAAGGUGGAUGUGUGGUCACUUGGCAUCACCUGCAUAGAGCUGGCGGAAAGGAAGCCUCCUCUGUUCAACAUGAAUGCUAUGAGUGCCUUAUACCACAUCGCCCAGAAUGAGAGCCCUGUGUUGCAGUCUAAUCACUGGUCGGAUUAUUUCCGCAAUUUCGUGGACUCCUGUUUGCAGAAGAUCGCCCAGGACAGACCUACCUCUGAUGUGCUGCUCAAGCACCAUUUCCUAUGCAGAGAGCGUCCCAUGACAGUUGUGAUGGACCUGAUUGCACGGACCAAGGAUGCUGUUCGUGAGCUGGACAACCUUCAGUACCGGAAGAUGAAGAAAAUCCUCUUUCAUGAGGCGCACAAUGGUCCCGCACCUGAAGGAGGCGACGAGGAAGAGAGCCAUGACAACAUCUAUGACGAUCCCUAUCAGCCAGAGGUUGAUUCUCAGCGAGAAGCUGCAUCUGCUGGUGGUGGUGGAGGAGGAGGGGGAGGGGGCAGACGUCGACGAGGCCGAGACCAUUUUGCCACCAUCAGGACCGCCUCACUGGUCACCCGUCAGAUCCAGGAACACGAGCAGGGCUCUGCACUGAGAGAGCAGAUGUCCGGGUAUAAGCGAAUGCGGCGUCAGCACCAGAAGCAGCUGAUGGGCCUGGAGAACAAGCUGAAGGCCGAGAUGGAUGAACAUCAGCUGAGAUUGGACAAAGAGCUGGAGAAUUUGAGGAACAGCUUCUCAGUGGAAGGAGAAAAACUCACCAAGAAGCACCAGGGUAUCCUGGAGAAAGAGGGAAAGGCGGUCGUGUCGGAGGAGAAGAAGUUCCAGCAGCACAUUCUGACGCAGCAAAAGAAGGAGCUGACCGGCCUGCUGGAUUCCCAGAAACGACAGUAUCGCCAGCGCAAAGAGCAGCUCAAAGAGGAACUGAACGAGAAUCAGUCAACGCCAAAGCGGGAGAAACAGGAGUGGUUGGUGCAUCAGAAGGAGUGCCUGCAGCAGCGGCAGGCUGAGGAAGAGGCGGGUCUGUUGCGGAGGCAGAGGCAGUAUUAUGAGGUGCAGUGUCGCCAGUACAAGAGGAAGAUGCUGCUGUCACGCCACAACCUGGAGCAGGAUCUGCUCAGAGAGGAUCUGAACAAAAAGCAGACUCUGAAGGACUUGGAAUGUGCCAUGCUGCUGCGUCACCACGAAUCCACCCAGGAGCUGGAGUUCCGCCAGCUGAGUUUGGUGCAGCGUACGCGGGCCGAGCUGAUCCGCACGCAACACCAGACGGAGCUCACCAACCAGAUGGAGUAUAACAAGAGGCGUGAGCAAGAGCUGCGUCAGAAACACGCCAUGGAGGUCCGCCAACAGCCCAAGAGCCUCAAAUCCAAAGAGCUUCAGAUCAAGCGUCAGUUCCAGGACACCUGCAAGAUCCAAACCCGCCAGUACAAGGCCCUGCGCAACCACCUGCUGGAGAACACGCCCAAAUCGGACCACAAGGCCGUGCUGAAGCGGCUGAAGGAUGAGCAGACUCGUAAGCUGGCCAUCCUGGCCGAGCAGUAUGACCACUCCAUCAAUGACAUGCUGUCCACACAAGCUCUUCGACUGGAUGAGACGCAGGAAGCGGAGUACAAGGUGUUGCGGAUGCAGCUGCAGCAGGAGCUGGAGUUGCUUAACGCCUACCAGAGCAAGAUCAAGAUCCACACGGACACGCAGCACGAGAGAGAAGUCAAGGAUCUGGAGCAGAGGGUGUCCAUCCGCCGGGCCCUGCUGGAACAGAGGAUCGAGGAGGAGAUGCUGUCCCUGCAGAACGAGCGCUCAGAGCGUAUCCGCACCCUCCUGGAACGGCAGGCCAGCGAGAUCGAGGCGUUUGAUGCAGAGAGCCUACGUCUGGGUUUUAGCAACAUGGCGCUGACCGGCAUUCCCAGCGAAGCCUACCCCAAGCAAGGCUACUCCAACGCGCCGCCCUCCAGCUCCCGCUCAGCUGGCCACUGGAGUCACGGCAUCCACCCGCAGAACGUGCCCUCGCAGCAGCUCUCCCGCCGCAGCCACAACAGCAGCGGCGGCGGGGAUCGCAGGGGCGAGUCCUCCUCUUCCUCGCACGGCCUGGGCAUGGCCCUGGGGCUGGGCCGGGAGGGGAGGGAGAUGCACCACUCGUCGCGCUCUUCUGCCUCUUCUUCCUCCUCCUCUUCCUCCUCGUCUUCCUCCCACCACCAGCGACACCACCUACCCCAGCACUACCACCACCAGAGCACGCCACAGCUCUACCGCGAGCGAGAGAGGGAUCGAGAUAGGGAGCGGGAGAAGGAGCGGGAGCGGGAGUGGGCCGGAGUGCGGGGCUCCGGCGGCGACCUGGCCCACCCACACCCCCUGCCCUUCUCCCAUCACCUGCCCUCGCGCUCCUCCUCUCAGUCCCUGGCGAUGCUGCCUCCCCCGCCCCCUGCCCCUCCCUCCAUCUCUGGGCCGUCCUCCUCCUCUUCUUCUUCCUCCUCCUCACAGGGGGGGAUUUAUGUCGGAGGUGGAGGCGGCGGUGGCAGCGGGCUGGCCGUGCGCGGCGCCCCCAGCCUGAUGGCCCUGAGAAACAGCCCCCAACCUCUGAGGAGAACGGCGUCCGGCGGGGGACCAGGAGGUGCUGGGGGUAGCGACGGCGUCCUGAGCCGAAGCACCUCAGUCACUUCGCACAUCUCCAACGGCUCCCACCUCUCCUACUCUUAGACAGCAGGCGUUAAAACAGCAGAGAGCGGUGGGAGUGAUUUAGGAAGGUAGCUAUCACAGGCUGCAUCUCAAUACUCUCAGCUUGCCACCUUUCUUUCUUUCCUUCCUGGGCUGAUCUCAAUUCUAAACUCUUAACACAAAGGAUUUAGGGACUUUGCUAUUUUCUCUAAACGCACAGAAAGUCAAAGAGAUCAGAAGCAAAGAAAGGACAAACUGACAUUAUUGAGCUGCACCCUGCCUCUUUAGACUCAGGGUGGGUGGAGAGGUUUCCUUCCAUUCCCACAAGUAUCAAAGAGGAAGGGAGGGAGGAAUGUAACCACCUGUAAAAUCACUGGAUUAGGGUGACAUUAGGUAAAAAAAAAAAAAAAAGACACUUCUGUUUAAUGUUUUUAUCUUUGUAUAAAAGUGAGAUAAGGUGCGUGAAAGUGGGGACGAUUAGCAUUUUUUCCCUGUAUGUGUCCUCCUGGAACUGCACAGAGAGAGAGAGGGGAUGGCAGCCAUGUCUUCUUCUAUGAUAUUCUUUGCUGGAAUGGAGAAAGAGCGAGGACGAGGGAGGAAACGAGGGUGAUGUUUUGUUGCUUGUGUGUGUACUCGUAUGUAGUUCGUAGUAGUCCAGAUAUUAUCCAGCAAGCGCCCGUAAACUGGACGCGCCGAAUGGGCAGAAUGCAAGAAGAAAAAUAAGGUGGUGGGGGGGGGCGGGUUACUCUAAUAUCCAGACUUCUGGAGUUUGGAAAAAACAUUUUUUUAUUGCUUUAAACGUUAAAUUUUUUUUUGUUAAUUUCUCUCUUUUUUUGUAUUGUGUAUUUAAAAGAAAAAACACACACGUAAAAAAAGUUGCUCAGAACGUCACCAAUGCCUUUAAGGGGUUCUUAAAGGGAUGUCGUGCCAUCUGAAUUAUUUUUUUUUUAAUUUGACGGCUGCGAGGUGAUUCAAAGCCGAAUACAAAUAACACGGAAUGUUUGUAAAGUUAAGAGACUCUUCUUAAAAAAAACAAAAAGAGAUGAAAGAAAAAGGAAAAAAUGGGAUGAGGAAAAAUCUUUAUGUGGAAAUGUACAAAUACAUAUGGAGAGAGGGGGGAAAACACAUAGCUUUCUGGCAUCCAUGACGUAUUGAGUAUCUAAACAACAUAGGUGUCUAUGGGAGUCACUCCAAUUGCAUGAGAUAGAUGUGCAAAAAAGAAAAAAGAAAAAAAAAACAUUUGUAAAAACAUGACGAAACACAUUUGAAAUGUAUCGUACCUGUCCCGAGUUUCACUGGCAUUUAAAAUCACUCGUCCCACAUUUGGUUUGUUUUUGGAUCUUUACUGUACAUAUUUAUGGGAAUAUUAAAGAAAAAAGCAACAAAAAAACAAUCAUUUGGUUUUAUAGAGUAACAAAGAUAAUGAUAGUAAUUUUGAUAUAUUCAAAAACGACUAUUGAAUUCAAGAUUUAGAGUGACAGCUCCAAUUGCAUUUUCUAUAGGUGUCAAUAUUACCAUAACUAAUCCUGAUGUAAGUGUUGUUGUAAUCAUGUUCACGGUUAUUUUUUUAUUUUUAUUUUUUUCUUGCGAUAAGCAAAAAGGGCCCACUUUUGGCUGUGUAACAAAGAAACAAAAAAAACACAAAAAAAAGGUGAUAAAAACUGUUGUCAGGUGUGGUGUGUUCAAGGUCUUAAUGAUUAUUAAUAAGAGAUUAUUGAUAAUUGUUAAUGAUUUAUUUUGUAUGUGUGUCAAGCGGUAAAGUCUAGUUAUAUUACCACUUCUUUCUUUUUUUUCCCAUUUUUAGACUGAAUUUCAAAGAGACACUCUUACAACAACACCCUGCUAUUCACGUGAACACAGACCUCUUCUGGACUCUCAUAGAGAAAAAAAAAAUUGGCCACUGGAAUGUAAACGCUGGUUUUCCUUUUUAUUUGUUUUCAGGGUUAAGUUGAGAAUCUGACUGCUGAAGUGUGCAGCAUGCAAUCAGUAUGUUUUAAAAAAAAAAAAAAAAAGAAAGUUUUUAAAGUGUGCGGAGGAGUAAGUGGAAGUGAAAGGACGGGCCUCGACCGAGCUGCUGUGGAGGUGCGCCCUCUGGUGCCGGCACAGCAGCAGUGACAGCAGCAGCCCGUCCACACAGAUCAAUAAGACCCAUCAGUGUUUGGUGUGACGCCCACAGAGGGUCUCGUGGGCUGACAUUUACUUGAAGAAGAUCAGAAAUAACUUUUUUGUUUCUGUUUUUUUUAAUUAUUGUUACUUUAUUUAAAAAAAAAAUGGAAAAAAGGAUAAUCACCCUGCUGUUUGUAUGACUCAGAAACACCAGCUCAAGACAAUUCCCUGUAUAACCUACUACUUUAUGCUUGGUUGGAAUCUCAGUGCAUGCAUAAACUCCUUAUAUAAACUAAGACUGGUGGAUUGGAGACGGCCGUUGUGUGUGGGGACAUCAGUGUGACUGUGUUUUUAGACCGGCUGUCAGGGGUUUCGGUGAGAGGCAGGGGAGUCUCGGUUCCUGUGGCGAGCCCUGGAUGAAGGAGGAUGAGGAUUGAACACAUGCUCGGCGGUGCUUUGCAGAGAUUUUGGGGGGAGGGUGUUGAAAUUCUUAUUAAAUAUUCAAGUCAAGCAAUUCCAAGCUUGAGGAAGGAGAGGAAUAAGGGUCUUAACACAUGUACUGGAAAAGAAAUGGGGUGCUUUAAAAAAGUAAUUAAAAAAAAGAUAAUAAAUUGAUAUUAACACAUUAA